UUCCCUCUACUGGGCUGACUGGUUCUUGCCAAUAACCAGAUUGAACUUUAACAUUCAGUCUAUUUCAGGUAACACCUGUGCGUAAAGUGGACUAAGCAAACAUCCUUGUGUAAGCCUUGUGUAACAGAACUUCUCCACGGUGAUGCAUGGGUUAAAUCUUCUUGCUAGAAAGUUUGACUUUGGGCUGAAUUGGAUAAAUGAGCAGACAGGAAAGCCUCCAGUCCUCCUCUCUUCUCCUCUCCACAUAUCAGUCCUCUCUUAGUACUGAUAUGUUGUUCUGUGUGAGAGCUGCAACUGAGAGCAUCCACAGAUAUCCUUCAUGUUAUAAUCUCAUUUAUCAUUGACUUUACAGGAGGGACUUAUAUUUUUCUUCUAGUUUUAUUGCCAUGGCAAAAUUGUCACUCUUGUUUUUAUACUUUUUCCAUGGACAACUUCCUCUCAUCUUUGGCCAGCAGCAGCAGCAGCAGCAGCAGCAGAUGCGCACAUCUGGACCGUGGCGGCAUCGGAUCCAGUGGGAGAACAACGGGCAGGUUUAUAGUUUAAUGAGCACCGGAUCAGAGUACCACGCUCCGGUUCGCUCCAGAAGCCAAUCCAGGGUGUAUUUCACCGGCAGGAGGGAUGAUGGCACCAGGAGCCACAUCAUGUCUGGAGCACACAGAGGAGCGACUCUUCCAGUGAGACCCGGACAGACUGAGCCCAUCAGGAUAGAGCCAGGAUCUGUUAGACGCGAUGUUAGACAUUAUUCUGCGCCUCUUAAUGGUCGUGCGUCAGGAGCUGCAGGUUAUGUAGGCGCAACACGCACCGACACCAUCAACGCGUCUGUACCAGGCAGGAGAGGAGGUGAUGCUGCGCUGCACACCAGAGGAGGAGAACCGGGUCCAGGUGUGCAGUACCAGCAGUUACAGUCCAGUUCAGUAGAUCCCUCUACAGCUCUGGAGAGGGAAUCCUUAGCUGCUGCUCCAUCAGCUGCACUCAGCCAGGAUGGUUCAAACGAGGCGCCUGGUAAUGGAGAGGACAUGGUUAACGACGACCCUCGAAACCCGUUUAAAAACCACAGGAACUCAGUCUACAACUCGUAUCCCACGAGAGGGAGGUCAGUGCCCCGCACGCGCCGUCCACCUGGCACAGGGUCUGGGACAAGAUAUUUCCAAAAUGGACUGCCAGACCUGGUUCCCGACCCAUAUGCCAUCCAAGCAGGUGCUUACAUCCAGCGCAUGCAGAUGUUUGCGCUCCGCUGUGCAGCUGAGGAGAACUGUCUGGCCAGGUCGGCUUAUGGACCCACCGUGAAGGACAUCGACUUCAGAGUCCUCCUGCGGUUCCCCCAGAAAGUGAAGAACCAAGGGACCACUGACUUCCUUCCUGUCAAGCCCAGAUACCAGUGGGACUGGCACAGCUGUCACCAACACUACCACAGCAUGGACGCCUUCAGUAACUACGACCUGCUGGAUGUCGUCACUGGACGUAAAGUGGCCGAGGGACACAAGGCCAGUUUUUGUCUGGAGGACACAGGCUGUGACCCUGGAUUCAGGCGGCGCUACGCCUGUACAUCUCAUACACAGGGCCUGAGUCCAGGAUGCCAUGAUGUAUACGCGGCCAACAUUGACUGUCAGUGGAUCGACAUCACAGACGUUCCUCCAGGAAACUACAUCUUGAAGGUUACUGUCAAUCCCAAUUCCCACGUCCUGGAGUCAGACUUCACCAACAACGUAGUGAGAUGUGAUAUCACGUACACAGGAACUUAUGUUCAGACACGCAACUGUCGAGUAUCAAGGGGUUAAAAUCCUCCAUUCAAGUACUAUCUGCAGGGGUUUUGCAGCAAACAUCUCUCCCAGUACUGUACAGCAACAGCGACUCUGUGACUAACAAAAAGGUGCAAUUGUGUUUAAUUGUAACUGCUAUAGUCUUGUGUUGCAUUUACUGGAAAUACAUGCAAACGUUUACACAUAUUUUGUACAUUAAACUAGUGAGAUCCUCGGAUUUACUUGAUUAUGUAUUUCUACAAAUGUGCCUGAAUUCAUAACAAAAAGAUAUCUUCUUUAUUGCCUUAACAAAUACAAGUACUGUGUUCAUAUACAUGUAUUUCUUGAAUGCUGGUUUAUUGCUUGAAAUGUGUGUUUUGUUGCCACGUGUUGUCUUUGUCUUAUUUUUCUGCUUUGUAUUAUUGUUACGUGCACGUUUUAUUUAAAGGAUAAGAUAUUCUGUAUUUUUGUUAUUGUCAACAAAUCUAAUAAAAAGUUCAAAACCA